GGUGAGCUCAGUAACAUUAGGAGAGCCGGCGGGUGUGGGAGAGAGAGCGAGGGACUAAAACGAAGUCGUUUCUGGAUUAUUUUUUUGCCCUUUUCAAUUUAACGCAGUGAAGUCCUGAAGCUUGAACGACGACGGCAGCUAUCUCGACCGUCGACGGUUUCCCUGCCUAUUGAAGUCAAGUCCAAAUUCAGACCGAUACGACCUCGUUUAGUCAUCGAUCCAGCUUCCAUUUCUCUCGCAUUUGGAUCCUCCAUUUCAUCAGAUCAACUAGAUAAGGAAGCGAAAGAGAUGGAGGAACACCUGGAAAGCUCUACAAAAUUUAGUUAUCACAUUGACAAUGGUGCAAAGUAUGUUUCUGGGCUUAGUACUAUUCUGGUUGCUACUAUUCAAGAAGCAAAGGACAGGAUUUCUCAGAUAGAGUACAUAUUUUGCAGCCAGCUUUUCCCAAAUUUUCAAUCAAAAUCCAAAACCUUGGUGAAAAUUUAUUCUGAAGCUAGGAAAGCUGCAAAAGAUAAAUGGAAAGAGAAGGAAAGAGAUCUAUUGCUCCAAAUAGAGAGACUGCACUUGGAGAAGCAACAAGCUUUUGAAGAGAAAGAGGCUCUCAUACUUGAAAAGAUAAAAACGUUGGGAGACCAGGAACAAAAGAGUAACUUACUUAUGAGACUAAAAAGUCAACAGCUCAGAAUCGAUGAACUGGAAAACAACCUUUACCAGAAGUCUAGGGAAGUUGAUGAAGGAAUGGAAUUGCAUAAUAAGUUAGUCCAGCUGGUUCAAUCGAAAGCAUCUCUGGUGGUGGACAAAGGAAAGCAAUUGAAGAAACAUGAAGAAAAGGCUGAUGUGCUUCUUAUCAAAGUGAGGAGCCUAGAAAAAAGAGUCGAAGAGCUCAAAGAGGAGCUCAUGAGAAAGACUCAUGAAGUAUCUGAGGGAAAAGAGUUGAAAGAGAAUUUGCUCAAGAAGAUAGAAGUCCAAGCCUUAGAGAUUAUGAAUAAUGAACAACUGCUGACUGAUCAUGCAAGAGAGAAGACACUACUCUUGACCAAAUUGAAUAGGAUGGAGGAGAGUGAUGGUGAACUACGAAGGGAGCUGAGGAAAAAGACAGAGGAAGUACAGAAGGGAGGAAAAUUGCUAGAAGAAUUACUUCAACAAGUUGAAAGAAAUGGCUUGGAAAUAGUCGAGAAAAAAGAGGUGCUGGAAGAGUGUGAGAAAGAUAAAAAGUUGCUUUUGGUCAAAGUUAAUCAGUUAGAGGAGAAAGUUAAUCAGCUACAGUUGAGUCUGAGAGAAACGAGCAUUGAGGGGACCAAGGGGAGGGAUUCAUAUGAAAUGUUACUUCAGCAGAUGGAAAGAAAAGCGUCAGAGUUAUUGGCCAUGAAGAAGAAAAGAAGGGAUGCUGUUGAAAGGUACAAAAGUCUGAAAUCUCAAUACAACUUCCUUUGCAAAAAGUUGGGUUGUUUUGAAGAGGAAAUGCAUCCACCAAAAAAAUCAGGAAAUGGCAGUGAUUCAUUGAGGCAUCAUCAGGAUGCAAAGAGUUCACCUGAUAUUGAAGAUGAAAAGGUAAAUACUUUCGCAAUUGCUUGUGGGACAAACAAAGUGAAGAAUGAGGCUGAUGAUAGUAUGGAGGAUGCUAGGGGAACCAUACCAGUUCAAACCUCAAGAUUUCAUUCUCCAACUUCCACUGCUACUACUGCACCCAAGUGCCCCUUCUCUGCAAAAUCUGCUCCAAUAACUGGUCGAAAGCGAUCCGCAUCUUCAUGGAGAGGUACUAGGUCUAACAAAUGCAUAGAUGGGCCUGAUCCUCAUGAUGACUUUCUUGAUACACCCAUUGAAAACCUUAGAGGAAACUUGACUAAACUGAUGAAAGAGGAAGAUCAUAACAUCCCAAUCCAGGUUCCAGGAGAAAUUUGUCCUGACAGCUCAGAUGAUGAAACACAGGAUAUGAAUGUUGGCCUUAUUUCACAAAAGAUGCAGAUGCCAGUCGCAAUGGAUGGCAAAAGAGGUUUCAAGUAUGUUGAACCAGUGAGAAAGAAGGCUGAGCGGGAGAGUUUAAAAGGAGUCAAAUGCAAGCAAUGUAAAAAAUUUUAUGAUGCGGUACUUCCCAAUAAUGAAGGUAAGGAAAGCAAUGGUAAUAAUCAGAGUUCCCGCUGUGAGCAUCACGAUGGUGUAUCUAGGCAUCGAUAUAGGUAUGUCCCUCCCUUGACUCCUGAUGGGUUUUGGAAUAUUGGAUUUGAUUCUGAAAUGUGAAUUUAUCUUGCCAACUCAUUUAAUUGCAUAUCAAGCUAGCUACUAGCUAGUUAUAUUAUUUUCAGCUUGACUUAUGCUGCCUUAUGAUCUUAAGUAGACCAUAGAGGGACAACUACAAUAAAAAAAAAUGAAGGCAUUUCCUGCCUUAUGUGAAAUCUUGAAGUUCUUCUUCUUAUCAUCCAAUAUACAAUUUACAGCUGUUGUUCUUAU